AUGUAUAAUACACCUAAACGUUUUCCAGCUGCUUGUCGUUUCUUUGCGCAAGGAAAUUGUAGAGCAGGUCAAGAAUGUCAUUUUGCUCAUAUUUUACCCCUCAGCAAACCUACAAAGAAUAAAAAUGGAAUCAGUAGUGAUGAUACUGGUCAUCGGCCGUCAUUUUCACUGCAUACAGACUUUAACACUGUACAAAAAGCACUGCGUGAAUUAGAAAUGGACCACUUAGAAAAGAAGUAUUCAAAAUUUAUACAAAAGACAAUACAGAAGGAUUUUGCGACAAUAGUAGAACUGGUUUUACCAUUGGAAAACAGAGAAGACCUUCAUGUACAAUUGAUUAUACCUUAUGAUUACCCAGAUUCAUCGUGUACUAUACAAUUACAACAGCCAAACAUGUCUUCAGAAGAUAAACACAAUAUUCAAGUUGCAUUCCAAGACUAUGGUUGGCAUCACGAGCAUCAUCAAAGUUUAGUUCAGCAAUUAGCUUGGCUGACUACACAUUUCAACUCUUUAACAUAA